AGGAGACUACCUUUUUAUUAUUAUUUUUAAUUUUUUUUUCUUUUUUUUUUUUUUAAAUAUUAUUUUCGCCGUACAAGGAGGACGCUCGGAAUUCACCGGCCUGUCGGCUCCCGAGAGGGACCCGGGGAUUUUGUGCGGUCGCUUUUCUUCACCUUCUUUUGUUUGUUUGGUUUGUUUGUUUGUUUGUUUUGCUUUGGGUUUAUUUUAUUUUUUUAUUAUUAUUAUUUUUAUUCUUUUUCCGCUGAGCAGCAGCGGCGGCGGCAGCAGCAGCAAUAUGGCUGGUGAUGGGUUUUUUGGGGGGCGCUGGCGGCGGGAGGAGCUCUCGGAAGCCCCUGCGCGCCCGGCUCGCUGUUAGCUAUGGCAAAUGGCAGCGGCGGCGGCGGCGGCUCCUACCCGGGCGGCAGCGGCGGCGGCGGCGGCGGCGGCGGCAUUAGAAUGAGUAACAAUAUCAACGCCAACAAUCUCAACACAGACUCGUCCUCCUCCCCCGUCAAUGUGCCCAAGAUGGAUGCGCUCAUCAUCCCGGUGACCAUGGAGGUGCCCUGCGAUAGCCGCGGACAGCGCAUGUGGUGGGCUUUCCUCGCCUCAUCCAUGGUCACUUUCUUUGGGGGACUGUUUAUCAUCCUGCUGUGGAGGACCCUCAAGUACCUGUGGACUGUCUGCUGCCACUGCGGGGUCAAAACCAAGGAGACCCAGAAGAUCAAUGGUGGUGGAGAUACACAGGCAGAUGGGACCUGCAAACCAACAGAUGAAAAAGAGGAGAAUGUGGCAGCAGAAGUGGGAUGGAUGACCUCCGUGAAGGAUUGGGCAGGAGUCAUGAUAUCUGCCCAGACAUUAACUGGCAGAGUACUUGUUGUCUUAGUCUUCGCUCUUAGUAUUGGUGCUCUUGUAAUAUACUUCAUAGAUUCAUCAAACCCAAUAGAAUCCUGCCAGAAUUUCUACAAAGAUUUCACAUUACAGAUCGACAUGGCUUUCAAUGUGUUCUUCCUACUCUACUUCGGCUUGCGUUUCAUAGCCGCCAAUGACAAGCUAUGGUUUUGGCUAGAAGUUAACUCAGUAGUAGAUUUCUUCACGGUCCCUCCAGUGUUUGUGUCAGUAUAUUUAAACAGAAGUUGGCUUGGUUUAAGAUUUUUAAGAGCCCUUAGACUGAUACAGUUUUCAGAAAUUUUGCAGUUUCUGAAUAUCCUUAAAACAAGUAAUUCCAUCAAGCUAGUGAAUCUGUGCUCAAUAUUUAUCAGCACGUGGCUGACAGCAGCUGGGUUCAUACAUUUGGUGGAGAACUCAGGGGAUCCAUGGGAAAAUUUCCAAAAUAAUCAACCACUGACAUAUUGGGAAUGUGUUUAUUUACUGAUGGUUACAAUGUCCACUGUUGGCUAUGGAGAUGUUUAUGCAAAAACAACCCUUGGUCGCCUUUUCAUGGUCUUCUUCAUCCUUGGGGGAUUGGCCAUGUUUGCCAGCUACGUCCCUGAAAUCAUAGAGUUAAUAGGAAACCGCAAGAAAUAUGGUGGUUCCUAUAGUGCGGUUAGUGGAAGAAAGCACAUAGUUGUCUGUGGUCACAUAACACUUGAAAGUGUAUCCAACUUCCUGAAGGACUUCCUGCACAAGGAUAGGGAUGAUGUCAACGUCGAAAUCGUCUUUCUGCAUAAUAUCUCCCCUAACCUUGAGCUGGAAGCUCUUUUUAAACGACACUUCACUCAGGUGGAAUUUUAUCAGGGUUCAGUCCUUAAUCCCCAUGACCUGGCAAGAGUGAAGAUAGAGUCAGCAGAUGCGUGCCUAAUCCUUGCCAAUAAAUACUGCGCUGACCCAGAUGCUGAAGAUGCCUCCAAUAUUAUGAGAGUUAUUUCAAUAAAGAAUUAUCAUCCGAAGAUAAGAAUUAUCACUCAGAUGUUGCAGUAUCACAAUAAGGCCCAUCUGCUAAAUAUCCCAAGCUGGAACUGGAAAGAAGGGGAUGAUGCAAUAUGUCUUGCUGAGCUCAAGCUGGGUUUCAUAGCCCAGAGCUGCCUGGCACCAGGCCUUUCAACAAUGUUAGCCAACCUAUUCUCUAUGAGGUCAUUCAUAAAGAUUGAGGAAGAUACAUGGCAGAAAUACUACCUGGAAGGAGUUGCAAAUGAAAUGUAUACAGAAUAUCUGUCUAGUGCCUUUGUGGGUUUGUCCUUCCCUGCAGUUUGUGAACUGGUGUUUGCGAAACUAAAGCUCUUAAUGAUAGCCAUAGAAUACAAGUCGGAAAAACGAGAAAGCAGUAUAUUAAUCAAUCCUGGAAACCACGUCAAGAUUCAAGAAGGUACGUUAGGAUUCUUCAUUGCAAGUGAUGCCAAAGAAGUAAAAAGGGCAUUUUUUUACUGCAAGGCCUGUCAUGAUGACAUCACGGAUCCCAAAAGGAUAAAAAAAUGUGGCUGCAAACGGCUGAUCUAUUUUGAAGAUGAGCAGCCGUCGACACUAUCACCCAAAAAAAAGCAGCGAAACGGAGGCAUGCGAAAUUCACCCAACUCCUCACCCAAACUGAUGAGGCAUGACCCCUUGUUAAUUCCUGGCAAUGAACAGAUUGACAAUAUGGAUGCCAAUGUGAAAAAAUAUGACUCUACAGGGAUGUUUCAUUGGUGUCCAGCCAAGGACAUUGAAAAGGUCAUUUUGACUCGAAGUGAAGCAGCGAUGACAGUUUUAAGUGGGCACGUAGUUGUUUGCAUAUUUGGGGAUGUUAAAUCUGCCUUGAUUGGAUUAAGAAAUUUAGUGAUGCCGUUACGAGCCAGCAACUUUCACUACCAUGAACUCAAGCACAUUGUGUUUGUGGGUUCACUUGAAUACCUGAGAAGGGAAUGGGAGACACUGCAUAACUUCCCCAAGGUUUCAAUCCUGCCUGGUACGCCAUUAAGUCGGGCUGAUUUAAGGGCUGUCAACAUCAACCUCUGCGACAUGUGCGUUAUCCUGUCAGCCAAUCAGAAUAAUAUUGAUGAUGCUUCGCUGCAGGACAAGGAAUGCAUCUUGGCGUCACUCAACAUCAAAUCUAUGCAGUUUGAUGACAGCAUUGGGGUCUUGCAGGCUAAUUCCCAAGGCUUUACACCCCCAGGGAUGGAUAGGUCAUCUCCAGACAACAGUCCAGUUCAUGGCCUGUUACGUCAACCCUCCAUUACAACAGGAGCCAACAUCCCUAUUAUAACAGAGCUAGCUAAGCCUGGCAAACUUCUGCCUUUGGUUUCAAUCAGUCAGGAAAAAAACAGUGGAACCCACAUUCUAAUGAUAACUGAACUGGUAAAUGAUUCAAAUGUUCAGUUCUUGGACCAAGAUGAUGAUGAUGAUCCAGACACAGAAUUGUAUCUCACGCAGCCCUUUGCAUGUGGAACCGCAUUUGCUGUCAGUGUGCUGGACUCUCUCAUGAGCGCAACAUACUUCAAUGACAAUAUCCUCACACUGAUACGGACGUUGGUAACAGGAGGAGCCACACCAGAGCUGGAAGCACUGAUUGCUGAGGAAAAUGCACUGAGAGGAGGUUACAGCACACCCCAGACACUUGCAAACAGGGACAGGUGUCGAGUUGCUCAGUUGGCUUUGUAUGACGGGCCAUUUGCAGACCUAGGGGAUGGAGGUUGUUAUGGAGAUCUAUUUUGUAAAGCACUGAAAACAUACAAUAUGCUUUGCUUUGGAAUUUAUCGAUUAAGAGAUGCACACCUAAGUACUCCGAGCCAAUGCACUAAACGUUAUGUUAUCACAAACCCACCAUAUGAAUUUGAGCUUGUGCCGACAGACUUGAUCUUCUGUUUGAUGCAAUUUGACCACAACGCUGGCCAGUCCAGGGCCAGUCUUUCUCAUUCCUCCCAUUCCUCCUAUUCUUCCAGCAAGAAGAGCUCAUCAGUUCACUCCAUCCCAUCAACAGCAAACCGACCGAACCGCACCAAGACCAGGGAUUCCCGGGAAAAACAGAAGUAUGUGCAGGAAGAUAGACUUUGAUAUGUGUACCUGCUCCCACUGUGUGUGAAAUUUGCAUUCACCACUCAUUCUCCCCAGUUAAUGUUUCCAGCAGUAAUGUACCCUGUUUUCCCAUGGAGUUCUCCCUUUUUGUACACAUAUUUUGCAUAUGUAUGACAGUGUGCAUGUGAUUGUCAUUUUUAUUUCACCACCAUAAAACCCUUAAGCACAACAGCAACAAAGCAGACGGACCAAAAGUUAUUUAUGAUGCUAGGGGAGAAAAAAAAUUCUAAACCCAUAGGCACACUGAAAACAUAAAUAACUCACUGCAGUUACUCUACAUAUCAGAAAACAGAGUAUAUUUAAUAUGAACACUUGCCCUUCAUGUCAGAGUAACACAAAGAAAGUCAUUUAGUGCAGAAGUGUUGAUGUAUGUUAUGGUAGGGUUUUUUAUAUUCAUAGUUACAGGAGUUGCUACAUUUAUUUGAAGUUUAUAAAACUAAACCAUUGAACAACAACAAAAAAAAAUCCCCCCAAAAAAAUCCCUACUGAUUUUUCACUCUCAAAGCUUAUAUUGUAUAGGGCUUACACUCUUUGUAUAGAUUAUUGCUACACACCUGCUUUAUACCAAAGCAACAUCAGGGACUUUUCUGCUUGUUUAAGGACUUUCUUUAAAAUACUAACCUUUUGGAGAUAGCAUCUUGUCCCUUUAACGCUGAAAUUGUCUUGGCAUGGAGUUGUAAAACUUCAAUGGUUUAAUUUAAGUUUAGAAAAAACCUAAUUGCAUAUUAAAUUAUUAUUCUGUCUAUUUAUACUGCCACAUGAAUAGCUAUAUUUUCUUUCACUUUUGACAUUUGGGAUAAAAAGCCAUAUGUAUCAUAAAUAUUGGAUGUAAGUCAUUAAAAACUGCCUUCCUGGGACUUUUACGUCUCUAAAAGGUGAAUUAGUCACCUUAUGUACAGAAUAAAUAAUGUUCAGAAAAGAGCAAGCAUUUUUCUAUGUUUAAGUAUCAGAUCUCGGGGGACUUUGUUCCUUUCCCCAGAUGGUAGUUUAACUUUUCCAAGUUAGAGUGCUGAUAUAAAUCUUCCAAUAAGGGUCCUAAUAUGCGAAGAUCCUUCAGAAAUCCUGCUCCAUGUUCUAGCUGGUUCUUUUCAACAGGUGUGUGCCAGUACCCAGGAAUACAGGGGAAGGCAGCUGAGUACCUUUAAGGUCUCUCCCAGUCGUGAAGAAAAGGUGCUGUGCCCUAGACAGCUAAAGAGCAGAGAAAAAGGGCUGCGGUAGAAAUAUUCACUGUGCUGAGGCAUCAUGUUCUAGGAACUUGCCAGACUUUGGUUCUUGCAGAUUCUCACCAAAGACACACCUACCCAAACAAAAAUGGUGGCAGGGAGUUACAUAUAGUGGAAAGGAACCUAUCCUAGAUGGCAAUAGAAAUGAUACUUCAACCUUGGUUUUUUAAUUUCAAAUAGCAACCUUUUGAAAUAUAGAAAUAGUUCUAGGUGGUAUGAAGACUUUUUCAGGGUAGGGAGGCCAAAACCAAAUACCACUUUCCUUGACUACCCAGCAAGAAAGCAUGCAGACAGAAAAUAAAUAUUUGGAUGUGGGAGUGAUUAGCAUUGUAACUGCCAACCGAGACAAGGUGCUUUUAUGGUUAGUGUUGUUUUCUACCUUCCCCUUCCCCAAGCAUGAUAAUUUUGAAGAUUUGCUUGCUGUGUGAAUUGACAAUGAAGCCAAGCACUUUUACUGACAAAACCUGAAACCAUAUAAGUGGGCUACAGAGAGUACCACUGUGCAGUGUUAAGCAUAAUGAUUGGAAUACAGUAUAUGUGUGCAUUCAAAUGCAGCUGUAAGUCCUCAGUGAAAUACGUUGCAAAUUAUGGAUGCUCCCCUACAAAUGAGUCUAUUACAGUUGCUCUUCAUCAUAAAGACAAAUUCACGUGUUUCUUUUUGCAAAGAAAGUUAUCAUGUUUUGCCCUAAGAAUAUUUAUUACUACAAGGAUGUGCCAGUUAAAGUGCUCAACAGGAAAUAUGACAGUUUAAAAGCAUUGUAAAACUUACAUAGCUUACUUCUUUUUCUAAAGUGCAACAAGGAUGAAUAGAAUGGGCCAAG